AUGAACCUGAAUUGCCUAGAUCUCUACAAAAAUUUGCUCUUUUACGUCAGGGGUGAAUCGCUCUACUCUCAUCUCUACGAGUCCCGGGUCAACUUAAGCCUGUCGACAGCCAACAAAUACGCCGUUCAGAUUUGCCAGGCUCUCUCCUAUCUCCACGCGAAGAACAUCAUCCACGGAGACCUGCGAUCCAAGAACAUCUUCGUCGAGCAAAGACGGCGCGUCCUCGUCACUGACGUCGGCCUCUUCAGCAUGAAGCGUAUGAAGAAUCCUCAUCGAAAAUACACAAUCAUCACCCCGACUUCAUGGCUGCCCUACCUCGCGCCGGAGCUGAUCACCGAGAUUGCCGACGACUUCAGAGAAUUGCCUUCCAACGAGGAGACGGACGUCUAUGCUUUUGGUACCAUCUGGCAUGAGCUUCUCGUCGGGCGACUCCCCUGGUCUGGCAGCCGCCCUGAAACAAUCAUCUGGCGGGUUGGGAACGGGGUGAAGCCACGCAUCCCCAAGGACUGCCCAUUUGACGGAAUAUGGAUCCUCUCCGCCUGCUGGUCACACGACCCGUCCGAUCGACCAUCAUUCCCCGAACUUCUCCACGACAUGCGCCAGAUGCCAACGCUCAAGUACGACGCGAACCCCCGUACCAAGAGCUUCGAAAGUAUCAUC